CAAUACAAGGGCGCGCACCUGCCGGAUGCUGAGUUGUUCAUCUUCAAAACGCCUAUAGUCAUGGAGAAGGAAAUGUCACCAUUGGCUCGUAAUGGAUCAACUGGUCCCUCAGAAUUGGACAUGGAACUGGAUGAAAAUGACACGGAUGGAGCUGAGUCAACUGCCAGUAAGUCCGGUAUGAUGUCGACUUGGCUUGCUGCUCAACCGAAAUUGACUGCAAAGAGCAAGUCUGGUUACAUUCUCUUCUCAGCUGAAAUAAGAAAACGCAUUAUGCACGAGAAUCCGGACUCCGGUUUUGGUGAAGUGUCAAAGAUUGUAGGAAUUGAGUGGAAAAAAUUGUCUGACGACCAGAAGAGGCAGUACGAGGUCAGAGCGGAGUACAUUGCUAGCGAACGUGCGAAACAGGAAGCAGCGCGAGUAGCUAGCGAGAAAUCACUUCAAGUAUGUUCUCUUUAG